CUGACAGAGCAACCACAACUACAAGGGGAUUAGGGUUUCAGAUCUCAGCAAAAAACUUGCCGGAAAAAUGGCUUUGAGAAAUUUGUACAAGGAGAUGAAGGGAUUGAAGCUGAAGGAGGUGCCGGCGCACCUAAAGCCGAUGCUCUCAAUCGGUUACGCGAAGAAUGCUAUCAGGAAGGGUUUGGAUAACUACCAUGCUAAGUACAUCGAAACCAGCUCCGUUGAUCCUCUUCUCCAUGUCUGCUUCGGAGGCAUGAUAUUCUCCUACCUCGUCGCCCUUCCAGAAGAGCGACGUCACCUCGAGCACAAACAGCACGGCGGCGGACAUUGAUUGUCGCUCCGAUUUUCUAAGAUUGAUGAAUACAGCGAGGACAAACAUCUGUCUCUGUUGGUUGCUUUUACCCUCUUUUCAGUAAUUGGUGUACCCAGUGAGGCUCAUUUGUGCAAUACUUGGCUUAUUUAUUUGGUUUAAUAAAAUGUAGUCAAAUACUUCUUUUCUUCGCCUGUGGGCGGUAUAACAUGUGCCUUACCAAACAGAGGCUGAAUUUGCUUUUUAUAUGAAUCAACGUAUUUUGUUCUUCUCCCA